UGAGAAAGCGAGAAAGCACAACCAGCCAGACUUCGUCUCUCCUUUCCUCCCCUCUCUUUGCCUUCCUUGCCUCGCGCCACAGCACUGAAACAUCGCCAGCAGCUCCCGUCAACGUUGUGUUAGGGGCUAGCGGGGUGAAGCAGCCACAAACUCCACCCAACACAGCGAGCGUCACACGAAACGCGAGAUGAGGAUCUCUUUGCUUCAACUCUGCUUCGGCUUCAUUGCUGUCGGUUUGGUGUUGGGCGAGCAAGUUGAGGAGGCACCGUCCAGCAAUUUGUUCAAGAAGUUUAUCACCAAGACGAAGAAUGGCCUCGGCAAAGUGCGAAAGUCGCUUGCUGUUAAGAAGGACAAGGCGGUAGACGAGGAGGACCCGCUGGGAGAAGGGGUUGAAGCAGUGCUAGCCGCCAUCGACGAAUUCGUGGCCGAGGGGGAGAAAAACACCGCAAGAGCGGCGGAGGACGUAAAAAAAGUUGUCGACGAGACUAAGGAAUCGGUGAAGAGUGCUAUUUCAGCCUCUAAGGACAAGUUAGACGGAGUGGGUGCCGACAUCAAGUCGACGGUAGACGCAGUUGUCGAGGGUGCCGCAGCGGAUGUGGAGGCGGUCAGGGGGUCUCUUCAGGACGACAUCAAGCAUGUCGGAGAUCAAGUCACCGAAGACGCUAGUGAGGCCGCGGAAUCUGCUGCGGCAGCGUUUAAAAAGGCGCAAGAGGACGCUGAAGAGACCGCCGAGAAGGCGUCCACGGCUGCGGGAGAGUUGUGAUUUGGUGGAUGAGCUGUACUCUCCUCCUCGUCAACGGAACCUGAGCUAUUCGAAGAAUAGCAAGGACUGUUGGUGACGUUGCAAUAUCAGGCGUUCGUGUAAGGAGUGCAUUACGAAGAAUUCGGUACUGCACCUCUUGUCAGAUGUUGUGCGUGGUAAGUCCGGUUUGGUGACGUCCGUUCAAGCACUUCUUGUGCGUUUGGCUUCCUGGCGUUGCAGUCGUGACUGUGACUGCUAGUAGGGCAACAAUCUGUGACCGUUGCUCUUCCUCGCCGUACUUCUCUUGCUGUUCAAAGUAUUAGUUUUUUUAUGCAUAUUUUGGGUUUGGUUGAAAGUGCCUCUUGACUACUUGUAGAAGACCCAGACAUGCUUGACUUGGGAUUUUGAAUUUUGUAAUGUUAAAAAGUACGUGCGAUUGGGGUGGUUCAUAGGGAGAUUUGUGCCCCUCUAUUUGGACGUUGCCCUCAAUUUUUUGUGUGUGGAGCGUCCGCCGCCAGGUUUUUGUGGGCGCUGUCUGAUGUUUAUGUCUGGUACGGUCUGGAUCCCUUGUGUAUGGAAUCGUUUGGCCUUGGUAGAGCAGGAGUGCCAUACCUUUGUUUGAAAGUAGAAUAUCAGGACGAAUUCAACGUUCCUUUUUGCUUCCCGCACAUUGUGCCAAUCCAUCAUGUCACGAGGGCUGCUUCGGCAUGAUGGCGCCAGUCCUUGCGGCCGUAGUGUACUCCCCAAGACCACGACGAUGAUAUUUUUCACUGCAGUUUGCGUUUUCGGAUUACUUGGUCAAGGAACGGUGUGUUCAAGAGUUAACACAGCAUCAUCCGCGAGUAUGCACGGACGAGUACACAGGAACGCGUGAAAGAAUCGUGAGUUAGAUACGACAACGAAGCGAUGCCAUUCGAAGCUCGUCCUCGAUAUUCGCACGUGGGCGGGGAGAUUUGGAGUGGUUGCGAGAAUGAAAACAAAUGUAGUGACGCACACAAGCCAACUAGCUUGUGCAUGCCGGGAGGACGCUAGGGGCCACUAGGAACGGCCAGUUCAGCCCGCCUGGCGCGUUUCUCUUUCUGUAAGUCUUGACGGUGAUGACGCGAGAUUCAGGGCUCGUCGUGUGUGUACACAGCAGUGUUUGAAGUUUCGUCCCAGCUAUCAUGGGCGUCAAUCCAUUCCUUUCAGUAAAUGUUUCGUAUGCG